UUUCAUGGUGGUCGUCGCACCGGCAUACCCAGUCCACCAGGUUCAGUUAGUGCGGGUCACACUGUGAUUGUUUCCUCUUAAAAUCAAUUAACUAAGGGGGUUUCCCUUUAUUACUUUAAGGGAUUCCCGGACGUUAUUUAUUAAUAAAAGUGGCGAUAUUCCUCAUAGUAUUUUAUUGAAAUUUAUAGUGAUUGCGAUGGAUAUGAGAAGGAUGUUUAAGUGAUCUUGAUCUGUUUUUGAAAUCUUAAGUGGAUCAGGCAGGUUAUUGUUAUUAUUGGGUGGCUGUAGUUUGCAGAUGACACAGUGAAGAUGAGACACCGGCAUCGAUGGCCCUACAUCCUGUUAGUACUACCCUUAUGGCUUUUUCUCCCCACUCUGUUGGCCACCCCGAACCCCUCACCCUCACCAAGAACCAGACACCAACCACAAAGACAAAUCCAUCGACUAGUGGGAGGAUAUAUUCGAACCUUGGAUCGGGAUCAAGACGAUACAGAAUUGAUUACAGCCAGUGCUGGAGGAAACACAAAAAACCAAAAAGGAGGAAAAUCACAAGGCGACGACAGAAAAACCCUCUCCCAACAAGUGGCCGAUGGGAAAUACGGACUGAUCCAGAAGGAGCUGUUUAGGAAACCACCGAAACGACCCGGAAUACUGAGUUACGAUGCCAAUCCAGAAGUUCCUCACGACAAUAUCGCAACACUGGGCGGACUGACGAAGAACGACAUCUGGUUGGCCGAGAACCAUCUUUUAGUGAUAAAAGGUGGUACCUAUCCACCGCAUGAUGACACCAAGCAAGACCUCGCGCCAGUAUGGCAACCUAUUGAUGAUUAUAGUGCACCACUGCAUCAGGUAAAAAUCCCAAAAAAUCCGGCGGUACCGCCGCCCUUUCCCGUCCAACUCUCGGACGACGGGCCCCUCCAAAUCCUGGGCACAAACUCUUCGCGAACGCUUAAUGCAUCAGCAGAAACGCCGGCCUACGCCCUACCGCCCCCGCCCGGUUGGGACGGCGAAAUCCCUCCGCAGGCACAAUACUUCCCAACGGAAACCAAUAGCGAUCAGGGUGAAGAUAAAACCAACCCUGUUACCGGGCAAGUUGCGAUGCGAGUACCUGUCCCGGGGGAACCCGGAGGGGGGAUGCCGUUCCCCCCCUCCCUUUUGAACGGCAGCUCGCCGCCUUUUUUCGCGCACUUACCGCCUGGGGCGGCGAUCUUGCCCGCCCCCAACGUGAACGAAACACACGCGGACAUACUGGACGAGGACGACCCGUCGAUCUACUAUCCGCCGCCCUACAGUUUCUACUACCCCAAGGAUAACUCUAGCGCGGUACCACCAGGCCCGUUGGUACCGGGCAUAAUCUUGCCACCGCCCCCAAAAUUCUUCGGGCCACUCGAAGACACUACCACCACCACCACAAUAAGAUACCAUCCAAAAACACGACCCACUUACACCACAAAACACACCACAACAGAACCAACCAUCAGCAACGAGAUCAGCACUUCUAAGCCGUAUAAAACGGUACCCACCAGGGUCACCGUGGUGAAGAACUACAGCAAAGUGACCACCAGAGUCCACAGACCGCGCAAACGACCAGUGCAAACCACCAAGCUGGUGAAAACAACCACGGGAAAACCAAAAUUGAUCACCAUACUGCCGGUGCACGUGAAUAAACUAAAUCGCACCUAUUUGCCAGCGAAUAGCGUCAAAAGGAAGCCACCGGUGACGAUUUUGAAGCCGGUGAAGCCAGAAACAGCCACUCCCAAGACUUACGGACAUCCCAAUGAACUGGCUGACCGACCGUAUAUUAGCGGUGAGGCUGGACAGUACAAGUUGAGACCUAAAGAAGUGGCUAGUUGGGCCCCACAGAGGGAAAACUAUGGGAGGUUAAGACCUGGACCAGAACAACGGCCUGUAGUAUAUGAAAGGGAGAAGAAUAGGUAUGAGGGAAGUGUGGUUAGUACUACGCAGGUGCCCCUCAAGUACUAUACGACGGCCAAUCAGGUGGAAGUGAACUCGGUUACGCCGCUGCCAGAGAAGUAUUCCAUAGGUAUCAAUGCAAACCAAUACCAACAACAACCCGCCCAAAGACCCCAGCGACCGGCCAACUACUACUACUACGAAGAAACCGAUCCUGCCUUAAACACCAUCACAACCGAAAAGCCAUUCGUCAAACCGAACUAUUAUCCCAACCAGUACUACAUCCCUGUGAAACCCACCGUGGCUCCACCGAGAACCCCUUCGGUCAAACCCCAAUACAUUUACCUGACCGGACGACCCUACGUGACCGAACACUCGCACCCACCGAAACUGACAUACGUACAGCCCCAAAAGCAACAAGGAACAUUCAGCCUCCACAUAGCUAAGCUACAAAACCAAAUUAGUCAGCACUACAGUACACCCGUGCCAGAGCUAUACCACCGACCCACUCCGAAACCGGUUUACCAAUACAGUUUUCAAGCGCAAAACUACCAUCAGAGACCUGUAGCAUUUAAGCCCUCACCACUAAUGGACGAUAACGAGGACAGUUUCAAGCCGAUUCCGCAGUACAGCGUUGAGGUACAGCCCGCCAUAGAAAUCGUUCCUACCGAGAGGCCCAGUUACCAACAGGUACAGCCCUUAAACGUCGAAGAACCCAGUUAUUUCAGUACCGAGAGACCUCGGCAGCAGUACUUGCAAGAGAUUCAACAGCCUCCCGCCCCUCGAAGACCUCCCGCGCCAUCUUACGGGCAUAACAUCGAAGUGACGUCCUCUAGACCUAUAGCGGAGUUUUCAUUUGACGCCACCCCGAACCCGAUACAUCAGGGGUACUACACGAAACCCGACGAGGAUUAUUUCGAUAAAAAUACCAAACAGUAUUUUACGAUUUUCGGGAGGAAGUUGCCCAGUUCGACCACACCGAUUCCGUCCGUUACUAGGGCGCCGUCGUACAAUAGGCAACCCCCCAGACCGAAAUAUAGGCAACCGUCAUUGCAGAGUGACAUAAACGUGAAUUAUGCCAAACAGAGACCUCCGGUAAAUCCGCUUAGUGAGCCAAUAAGGGGACAGUACUACGAAGAUGUAUCAGCUAACCCGGAGAUAGUAAAAGCGAUUGAGAUAACCCCUCCUCCGAUUGACGGUAGAGGGAACAAGGAAAGAUAUAUACAUUAUUCUUUGCCGGGGGACGAGGGGGCGCAUUUUUACUUUUUAACGCCGCAAGGGGUGGAUAGGAGACGCAGGGAGUAUUUUAUCGAGAGGAGACAAGUAGAAAAAAGUAUCCAGGAGAAAAAGGAUAGUUGAUGUAUCCGUUGUUUGUGAUAUAAGAAUUGGUGGCUUUAGGUAGUAGAAAUCGGUCUGUGAUUGCUCCAGUGUGCUUAGAAGUAUCCAAUGAACUAUUAUUGUUUAAUGAUAAACUAUGUAGUUAACUUAUGGUGUAGUUUAAGAGAUUCUUUAUGUAAAUAAUUAUGUGUUUUUUGCCAAACUGUCCCAGAGGUUUAUAGGAAUAAAAUUUUAUUAAUACUUAAA